AAGGAACGCAUGUCUGGAGUGUGCACACAUAAAAUAUCAUUUUGUCUAAAUAUUAAACGCAUUCUUGGUGCGUGCACAGUGAUAUUUGGAUGCAGUGGUACUAGUAUUUAUAUAUAUUACCAAAAAAUAUGGCUACCCGAGUACAUUGAACGUUUUGAGCUGGAAAAUAAGACCCCGGUAAGGCAUACCAAACUGUAUCUUUCUGAAAUUAAUGAUAAUGGACGAACUUUGGCUCGUAUAAAUACGAUGCCAAAUCUUCUGUUCUAUCUUUAUGUGGCCUAUCGUAUUUUACUACUUGCAGUUUCAAGUGUACCACUUAUCUGGUAUGCUUUUUUAAGCUUUGGACUAGGGCUUUGUUCACAUUAUUUUUUUUACCAUAGAGUCCUCCUCUUCCUCUCCUUUAUGGGACCCAGCUACAUUAAGCUUGGGCAGUGGAUAGCCACAAGACCGGAUUUAUUUCCAAUAGAGUUGUGUAAUGUAUUAGAGAGAUUGUAUGAUCAGACAGAGCCACAUAGUUGGCGUCAUACGGAAAAAUUGCUUCAACGUAAAUAUGAGGAUGGUAUUUGUUGUGGUAAUGAUGCAUUUUAUUAUCUAAAGGAUGUUGAAAGGAUACCAAUUAACAGUGGAAGCAUAGCACAAAUCCAUCGUGCAAGGCUAAAGGAGAGCAUUGAUGGUGUACCAAGCGGUACUGAGUUAGUUGUCAAAGUGACGCAUCCGUUUAUUCGUGAUAGAAUUGCAGCUGAUCUAACUGCGAUGCAUCUUUUUGUGAAAGUGGUUAAUAUCAUAGUGCCUGGGGCACAUGUGUUUAAUUUGGACCAUGCAUUGAUAAAUUUUUCUAGAUUGAUUUGCUCUCAGGUCAAUUUACGCAUAGAAUGUGAUAAUAUGGAGCAAUUUCGAUACAACUUUAGAAACACAAAAGGGGUUCUGUUCCCUGUGACACUUCCAUCACUUAUAUCUGAGGAUGUUCUGUUUGAAACAUUCGAAGAAGGUUCACCCAUAUAUACCUUAGAUGCGUCACUAGAUAAUAAAGAUAUCGCAGAGCUUGGUUGCCAUAUGUUUCUUAAAAUGCUUUUUCAGGAUAAUUUUGUACACUCUGAUCUGCAUCCUGGUAAUGUGCUUCUAAGAACAAACUAUAUGGGAGGUGCCCCAAAACACUCUAGUAAAGAACCGAGGCGGCAGCUAAUAGUUCUGGAUACUGGGCUUGUGACAUCUAUGUCGAAGCAGGAGCGAAAUAACUUUAUUGCGUUAUUCGCUGCAGUAGCCUGUGGUGAUGGCGAGCUUGGAGCUGAUCUUAUGCUUGACCGACUACCAGAGAAUGUUAACCAACAGUUAACUAAGAUGAAUAGGGAAAAUUUCAGAAGGGAGAUGAAGUCCGUGUUUGAUUUAGUAGCUCCCGGUACCGAAGGAUUCAAGUUAGGUACUAUCAAUAUUAGUGAAGUUCUUGCAAAAGUACUGAAAACAGUACGAGAAAAUAAUGUUCUUCUUGAUGGUAAUUUUGCGUCUCUUGUUUUUACUGUUAUUGUCGGUGAGGGCUUAGGGAGAAGACUCACGCCAGAUUUUAAUUUAUUUGUUGAAGCCGCACCGUAUCUGAUUACAUAUUUGGAGAAAGAUGAGUUGUGGUUCUUAGCCAAUAAACUGAGGGAAACAUAUGGUGUAUCUGGAUUGAUUAGGGACACCGUGGAUUUAGUUCGUACAGAAAAAGCAAAUACAUAUUUCGAGGCUUUUGCAAAGAAGAGUAUGGAUUUUCUCGAAUGUAUAUUUAUCUCCAUGACAAACUAGUUAUUACAUAGUGAUGUUCCUCAGGCUAU